UAGCUGAAGCAGUUAAACCGGAACUUAAGAAACACCAGAAACAGAAGAGUUUUUAUUCCACUAAGUGUCUGUUCACAUGUUCAGUGGAGGAUGUGUGUUAGACAUGGCAGAGUUCCUGUGUGUGUUUAAUCUACACCUGCUGUUUGGUGUCAUCAGUCUGAAUCUCCUUCAGAUCAUUUCAGCUGAUCUGCUAUCUGUUGAUCCUGGACAAAACAUCACUCUGCUCUGUAACAUCACUAAUUAUUCAGAGAUAUCGUGGUAUCACAUGAACUCAACAGGCCUGAGGCAGUUUAUAUCAGCAAUACAGGGGAAACUGGACAAACACUUUCAUGUUGCUUAUAAUGAGAAUAAGAGUCACUUUGCUCUAACACAAAGCAGCAGUUCAGUCAGUUUAGUGAUUAUUGGAGUUAGAGAGACAGAUCUGGGAUUUUAUUACUGUGGAGGUCAAAAUGAGGAGCUGCACACUGAGUUUGGGAAACCCAUCGGACUGAACUUUACAGGUAGCAGUGAUAAUGAGAGAGAUUCUUCAUCUGAGGAUUCAGAUUCACACCAGACUGGAGAAAAUAUCUGCAUUACAAAUAUGACCGUAAUGUGUGUGUGCUCCAUCUCGGUCCUAAUAAACAUAAUCCUCAUCAUUAUUAUGUGUGUGUUCUGCAGCAGGGUGCACGGAAAAUCAACAUUAUCAACAUUACCUUCCUGCUGUCGUGCCACCAACUCCACUGAAAAGGAGGACAACAUUCAUUAUGCCAGUGUUCAGUACAAAAGAAAUUUCAGAGGAUCUGUUAAGAACAACACAGCAUCAGAUUUGGACAGUGUGACCUACGCGACAGUCACCGCACAGCCACUGUGACUGACCAACACAAGACAUUGUUUUGCUCUGACCUCAUCAUAGAUGGCAGAUCAUCUUAAACUUAAUCCCUGCAAGACUGAGCUGCUGUACCUCAGCUCUUAGCAGGUCUUCUUAAAUAAUAUUUUGACAACCAAAUAAAGCUUUAAAAC